GUUUAUUAAGGAUUUCUUUGGUUUUUUUUUUUUUACUUUUCUGGUUAUCGAAUUUUAUUAUUUGUGUAUUGUCAUUUGUCCUCCACGUGCAUUAUUAUUGUUUUACAUAAUUUAUUCAUUUAAUUAUAAUAUAAUAUAAUAAUAUAUCGUCUGGAACAUCGAAUGAUCAAUCCAAAAAUCCAGUAUCGACUUAAUGAAUUCUACAAGUACAAAUACUCAUCAUCAUCAGUAAUAAUCUGAGAAAAUUGAUUUGUUGAUUCUGAUCAACCAUCAAUAACGGUGACGACAACGAAUACAGAAAUGGACCAUUUCGAUUCAUCAUCGAUAACAACAAUAACGACGACGACGACCACCACCAAUCCAUAUAAUAAUGACACAGACUAUAGACAUAUGACGACGACUAAUAAUUCGUUAAUUGAUUCAUCAAAAAAUCCAUCGAAUGAUUCAAAUAAUGAAAUGGAUACGAAAGCCAUGUCAUCGAAUAAUAAAAAUGUUGACCAUGCCACCACCACUGUAACAGCAACAGCUAUAGAUUCAUAUAAACAUUCGAAUCAUCAUCAAUACACUAAUGUUGUUGGUGAUCACAAUGUUGAUGAUCGGGAAACCGAAUUAUCAUCACGUCCAUCGAAUCAAACCACAAGACGAAGUCGUAGCCGGAGUCGUAGUAAUAACCGAUAUGGUCGUAUAGAUUCACGAAGUAAUGAUCAUCGAAGACAUCAUCGUCAUCAUCAUAGAUCAUCCACUUCCUAUAGAUUUCGCAGUCGACGUUCAGAUUCGGAUGAUGAUGAUGAAGAUGAUGAUUCUGAAGACGAUAAUGGUAAUGAUGGUGGUGGUGGUGGUGGCAAUAAUAUUGAUUAUGAUGGACGUGAUAAAGAUAGCGAUGAUGAUGAAGAUCAGACGAAUUCGAGUCAAGAAUCCGAUGAUGAUGAUGAUGAUUCCGAUGAUGAUAGUGAUCAUCGUCAUCGUAGAUAUAGAGGUCAUCAUCGAUCAUCGACAACAACGAGACAUCCAACAUCAACGGUGAUGGACCCUAUGUCUAAUAAUAUGAACAAUCGUAAUCGUCAUCAUCAAUCGUCGUGGAAUAAUAAUAGAAACAACCAUGGUAGUGGUGGUAAUGUCGGAUCAUGGACAUCAUCUAAUCAUCACCAUCAUAGAAAUCGUCAACAUAACAGUACUAAUAAUAAUAAUAAUCGUAAUAGAUAUCAAAAUCGUCAUCGAUCUUCGAAUGGUCGUAACAAUCAUCAUCAUUCGCAUUCACAUCAAUCACAUGGAUCUUCUUAUACUCAGCAACAACAACAAUCUCAAUAUCAUCAUACGAAUAGUUCAGGGCCAUCACAAUUGACGGCAGCAACAAAUACAACGACCUCUUCCGUUAGCGGUAGCGAUAAUAUCUAUCAACAACAGCAUCAGCAGCCGCAACAACCGCAAACAUUAUCAUCAAACGUAUUGACCCAAAAUCCAUUACAAUCUAAUUAUUUCGCUGUAGCAGCUGCUGCUGCCGCUAUUGCUGAGCCAUAUAAUCCAGAAGAUGCCAUUUUUAAUCAAUCACAAUUAAUGAAUUAUCGAUCAGCUAAUUUGAUGACUAAUACUAAUUCUAUACAACAGCCAUCGACACAGCAGCCGAAUAAAAUGAGACAUCGACAUUUGGUUAACGUAUCAUUAGUUGGCAAUGAUGAUGAUGAUAAUAGUAAUCCUCCUUCGCAGAUAAUUAAUUCUUCGAUUGUUAAUCAUGAUCAUAAUCAUCAACAACAACAGCAAGAUGGUAAUGCUCACAAUAUUGAAUUAACUCGAACUUCUGGUGGUGGAUAUGGAAACCAGUCUCAACAACAACAACAACCGCUGCAACAUCAGCUGGAACAUAACCACAAGAAUCAUCAUCAAAAUCGUCGUAAUAAUCAGAGAAAUAAUAAUAAUAGCCAGCAACGAUUUAAUGACAAUACAACAAACAAAAAGAAUCGAUCAUCUACAUUGUUGAUACAAAAAAUACCACCACAUCAGAAUCGCAUCGAUUUGUUGAAUGAUCAUUUCCAAAAAUUUGGUUCAAUUGUCAAUAUUAAAGUUGGCUGUGCUGCUAUUAUUACCGAUGCAGGUGAUGGUGAAAAGUUGGAUCCUGAGUCGGCUUUAAUCCAAUAUUCAUCACCGUUCGAAGCGAAUCGUGCAUACCGUUCCACCGAACCAGUUUUAAAUAAUCGUUUCAUCAAAGUCUUUUGGGCUCGUGACCGUGAACAACAACAACAACAACAACAACAAUCUGAUGGUUCAACCAACAACAUUAAUAAUAUGACGAGUAAACGAAAAUUUUCCACCAAUAAUGAUCAACAACAACAACCUCAAGCUCCUCAACAACAACAAGAUCUUCGUGUUGAAAUAACGAAAAAUAUGUUGAAAAAAUUUAAACAAGGUCAACAACAACAGAAUCAACAACAGGAACAGGCAGCGUCUUCACCACCGGCUAAAAAAGUAGUAUUCAAUGCGGCAGCUGUAGCUGCUGCACGUAAACGUCGAACAUUGUUGAUGCAAACAUAUCGUCAACAAUCGGAUGAAUUGAAUCGAAAAUUGCGAGAAUUACUAUUAAAUCAACGACAUUUAAUGACUAAAUUGGAAGAGCUCAAACAACAACCGAUAGAUACUAGUAAACAACAACAAGGAUUGAAAAAAUUGAUUGAAACCAAUAUGGAACGUAUAAAAGAGAUGCAACAAAAACAGCUACAAUUACAGCAGAUGAUUAAAACAACGACAUCAGCAUCGGAAAAUCCAUUAACAAAUUCGGCAACGAAUCGUGUGUAUAAUAAAAAUGAUGGAAAAAAACGAAAAACGGGACCAUCUAUAGAUGAUGUUCCCGUUGUUGAUUCAACGGCAGAUAUUGAAAAUAAUGUUGAUGCUGCUGAUGAAAAGCCCAAAGUAGAAUCAAAUAGUAAUGAUAAUAAACCACAAGAUGAUGAUGAUGAUGAUGAUGAAGAAAAUCUUAUCGAUGAAGAAUUGACUGAUGAUGACGACGAUGACCACGAAGUAGAUGAAGAAACUGAUGAUGACGACGUUGACGAUGAUGAUGAAGGAUGAAAAAAAACGAGCCGAAUUCUAUCUUUUUUAAAUUCAUUUCAAAAAUCUUUUUUUUUUUUGUUCCAUUUUGUUCUAUAUAUACUCUGUCUCUCUGAAACAUGAUUUUGAAAAUAUAAAAAUUAACUAUUUCGACUUUGUGAAAAA